AUGGUUUCCCUCUAUACUGACCUUUUUAAUUCUUCUUCUAUUUUGCAACCUAAUGGCAUAUUUAAAGAAAUGAUUCCAAACUUAGUCUCUACUAACAUAAAUGUUAUGCUCACUCGUACUCCUUCCUCUGAGGAAAUUCACCAUGUUAUUUUUGCCAUGAAUCUCAAUAGAGCUCCAAGGCCUGAUGGUUUUGGAGCUUCCUUUUUCCAUAAGUUUUGGGACAUUAUCAAGGAUGAUCUGGUCAGAGUUUUGUUUGAGCUUUUCACCUCCAACUAG